GGGAGGGGUGGGGACAGAAGAGGCGAGACUUUUUUGGGGUGCUCUGGAUCGCCAGUAGUUCUUCAAGCCUCAGCAGCCAACUCCUCCGGAGGCGCAGCGCUCCGCCUCAGGGAGCGCGAACCAGAGGAGCCUGGGACCAGCUUCUGGCAGCCCCGGGCGCGGGCGAUGCGGGCGCCGCGGGCGACACCUGCGGCUCCUCUCGGUGGCAGCCGUCGCCUGGGCGGCAGCAGCGCGAGCCUCGGCAGUCUCGGCAGCUACAAUCGCCUCGGCCGGAACAGCCUCCGCCGCGGUCGCGAUCUCUGAUGCUCUUGCCCGCUCCCGGCCCUGCCGAUCCGGGAGGAUGUGGGUUCUCGGCAUCGCAGCAACUUUUUGCGGAUUGUUCUGGCUUCCAGGAUUGGCGCUGCAAAUUCAGUGCUACCAGUGUGAAGAAUUCCAGCUAAACAACGAUUGCUCGUCCCCUGAGUUCAUCGUAAAUUGUACCGUGAACGUUCAAGACAUGUGUCAGAAAGAAGUGAUGGAGCAAAGUGCGGGGAUCCUGUACCGGAAGUCGUGUGCAUCGUCAGCAGCCUGUCUCAUCGCCUCAGCUGGGUACCAGUCCUUCUGUUCCCCUGGGAAACUGAACUCCGUGUGUAUCAGCUGCUGCAACACCCCGCUUUGCAAUGGGCCGAGGCCCAAGAAGAGGGGCAGCUCUGCCUCGGCCAUCAGGCCUGGUCUUCUCACCACUGUCCUGUUCUUCAACUUAGCCCUCUGCUUGGCACACUGCUGAAGCUAAAGGAGAUACCGACCCCUGCUGCCUCAUCUGUCCUUCCUCUCUCACCUUCCUGAGUCUCUUCCGGGUGUCCUUUUAUUCUGGGUAGACAAGGGAGUCUUUGUUCCCUUUCAAGUAAUGCAAGAUUGCCGUGCACAAAUACUUUUGUAAGCUUUGAACCAAUUCACUCUGAAUUUCUGUGUGUAGUUGAAGAAAAAGCAUGGAGCAGAAAGUCCAGACCCUCCCGUCCCAAUCUGGUUAACCAUCACCAAGGCUAGCCUGGAAGAAUCAGCCCUUAUAAGUCAUUGAGAUAUGCAGCUGCCUUUCCCAAAGCCUUGAGCUUCCAUGCUGGCCCAAUAGGAGUCACGGUCUAUUCGGGAAUGCUGCGUGAAGGUAACUUUGCUUUUGUGAGAGGGAAGAGCCACUUUCUGCUCAAGGCUUCUGAACUUGACAUUCACACUUCCUGCUCCUGUAAACUAUGUUCUGUGGUGGAACCAGCUGGUUCGGUCUCUGAGCCAGUCUGUGGUGACUCAGGACUCAAGGGCUGGGGCUUAGCCUCUAGGGGCUUAGCCUCUGCCUGAAAAGUGCUUAAGAAAACCUUGUUAGUUCUCCUGGAGGAAGAAUUACUACGCCGGGAGGCUAGAAAAAUGAGGGGGCUGCGGGUUGAGCUGGUGCUGUUCUUGGUGGAACUGAAUUGAGCACGCAGGCGUUUCUCCUGGUUGGCAUGCUGCAGAGUCAGCCGGCAGCAGAGUACCUGCCAAAACACCUUCCGGAACUGCUGAGAGGACACAUUGUAGAGGAGAGGGUUGACCACGGAGCUGAGGUAGAAGAAGGUGUCGGAGAAGGGAAGGAGGAUCAUGUAUGCCUUGAAGUACGACUUGGUCCAGUCAUGUUUGGGUUUGGCUGCAGCCAUGAUCCUUCGUAUCUGAUUUGGCAUCCAACACACAGCCAGUGUCACCACAAUGAGUCCUGGGAAGGCGAGAACAGGAGAGAAAAAGAGAAGGGGAGAAAAACAGCAUGAGAGCGAAAAUAAAUAAAUAAAUAAAUAAACCCAUAAAAUAUUCAGCCCCUUGGUUCUGUUGCUUACUGGCCGGGAAACGUACCAAUCUUCAGUGUUGUGCUUGGCGGCUUCCUUUUGCCACCGGCAAAAGAAUUUACUGCUGCUUCAAGCUCAGGGGACUUUGGCUAUGUUAAAAGCGUUAAAUGCUUUCGACAGAGUAUUUAUACCUGUGGAUGCCUGUUAAUUCUCAAGAUGUUUUUGUUGUUGCUCGUGUAUCCAGAAAAUAUCUCAUGUUGGCCAUAAACCUGGUUUUGUCUUUUUGUUUCUAGAUGGGACCAUAAGCUAUAGCCAUAGUAGAUGAAAUAGUAGCUGUUUUAUAAACAAUGAAGUCAGAUGGAAGUUGUUUCACUUUGCCUAAACAAAUACAUUUUUAUGAUGCUGA